AUGACCAUGGCGGAGAAGCGCCCCUAUCCCGACGGCCAGGGCCCAAAUGGCGACGCCAAGCGCGCGAAGCCAUCAGAUGCCGUCGAAGCUGCAAAGGCCAAAGCCAAAGCAAAGGCUGCUGAGAUUGCUGCCCGUUUCGCGAAGCCGACCGCCUCGUCAACGCCCCCACCGCCGGCGGCUGGGGCUAGCGACGCGGUUCAGGACAAGCUGGCCGCUAUGAAGGCGAGGAUGGAGGCGCUCAAGGCAGGUUCCGCUGGAGCCAAAGCCCCCACACCCGAAUCCACAGGCCCACGCUUUGCGACAACACUGGGCAACCGCCGCUCAGAGACGCCCAAGGUGGACGCGAAACCCAAGGCUGCUACGCCUAAGCAAAAGCAAGCGCAAGAAGAAGAGCUGGAGAACCCAUACUUCGACCCCAAGGCUGCUGCUCUUGCCAAGAAGAGGGGCCCCCGUGUUCUCUCCUUCAACGAGCACGGAAAGUACCUUGACCAGGCUUCCAAGCUGCGCGCACAACGCCGACUCGAAGAGAUCAAGAAGACACUGGCCAUCCAGGCCCGCCGCGCUGGCCUCGACGAAAACAGCGAACGUGGGUUUCUGGUGCAACAACCGCCAGACAUUGAAUGGUGGGACGAAGGCGUUCUAGCUGACCCCAGCUAUGAUUGCCUCGACGAUCCAUCCAAGGUCAAGGUUGAGACUGACGACUCCAUCAUUACACUCUACGUCCAACACCCGCCCCUGCUCAAAGCACCCCAGGAUCAGCGUCUAGUUCAAGUCAAACCCAUGUACCUGACUACGAAAGAAACCCAGAAGCUGCGCAGGAUGCGCCGUGCCGCUGAUCUAAAAGAACACCAAGCCAAGAUUCGUCUUGGUCUGGAGCCGCCUCCGCCACCCAAGGUCAAGCGUGGAAACAUGAUGCGCGUCAUGGGAGAACAAGCCAUUGCCGACCCCACGGCUGUCGAGAUGCUCGUCGAGUCACAAAUUCAGCAGCGCCACGACGAUCACGUUAAUGCCAACGAGGAGCGAAAAUUGACCAAAGAACAAAGACAGGCCAAACUCGCUUCCAACCAAGAAAAGGACGCGCAAAAAGGACUGUACAUGUGUGUCUUUAAGAUUAAUACUCUGGCGUAUGGCAAGCACCGCUUCCAGAUCGACAGCAACGCCAAGGAAUAUUCGCUCACUGGCAUCACUCUUUUCAAUCCCGAUCUCAACCUUGUCGUGGUUGAGGGAGGCGCAUAUGCAAUCAACAAGUACAAGAAGCUCAUGCUUCAGCGCAUCAAAUGGCAUGAGAAUGGUCCCCCUACAGAGAACCAGGCUGAGAAACAAGCUUCUGACCCACAAUGGUUAAGGCCGCUUACCGACACGGGUGACGUAAAGGACAACUCGUCCAACAAGUGCAUACUCAUCUUCGAGGGUGAGAUCAAGGAGCGGUCCUUCCGCAAAUGGGGCUCAAGAGUAUGCGAGACCGCUGGCGAGGCUCGCGAGACACUUGGUCGCGCCAAGCUUGACAGCUUAUGGGCGCUUGCAAAGAGCAUUGAUUGAACGUGAGCUAGAGCGAGUCGUUAGCAAUCAGUAAUAGUUAUACUGAGAAUACGACGAUACUAACUCGGCUCGAUAGCUGGAUGCACACACACACCAACUGCGAAGGCGUUUUUUGCUCGGAAAAACAGUAUUCUGGGACUAGGGAUCAUGUUGUUUAUUUUAUUUUUCUCUUCGUCUUCAAAUCACCUAUAGUCGUGAUGUCACUUGCACCACCACCACCACCACCUCCUCCACCG